UCAGCAAAGCUGCACUAAACAACAAACAUCUUAAGAGGGAAUAUUUCCCAUCUCUAUAAUGAAGAAAAGCAGGAGUGUGAUGACAGUAACGGCCGAUGACAAUGUUAAGGAUUAUUUUGAAUGUAGCUUGAGUAAAUCCUACAGUUCUUCCAGUAACACACUUGGGAUCGACCUCUGGAGAGGAAGAAGGUGUUGUUCAGGGAACUUACAGUUACCACCGCUGUCCCAAAGACAGAGUGAGAGGGCAAGGACUCCUGAGGGAGAUGGCAUUUCCAGGCCAACCACACUGCCUCUGAUGACGCUUCCAAGCAUUGCAAUUACAACUGUGAGCCAGGAGUGGUGA